CAACGACACUAUUUAUGCGGCCGACGCUUGUGUGACACGACGUGUGCUGUUAGUACAGAGUGUACGUAGAAGGAAGGAUACGGACUAACGCCUAGGCCUUAAGAUGCGGUGUUGCGUUGGAUUAAUAGUGGUGGCGGCGGCUUGUGUUUCCUUACCGCGAACUAUUGAUGCAGCAACGUUUACGGUCACAUCACAGGUUUACAUGGACGUAUCGAUUGAUGGUGAGCAAAUAGGGCGCAUCACGAUUGGCCUGUUUGGUGAGGAAGCCCCAAAGACGGUGGCCAACUUCCGCCAGCUCUGCACGCAGGAUGUGGACGGGUUCAGCUACAAGGGCAGCCGGUUCCAUCGGGUCAUCCAAAAGUUUAUGAUACAAGGUGGCGAUGUUGUGUCGGGCGAUGGCCAUGGGGCGAUCAGCAUGUACGGGAAAUACUUCGACGAUGAAAAUCUUAAAAUCAACCAUACCUGCUCGGGAUUCGUUGCGAUGGCUAACCGUGGCCCGAACACGAAUGGAUGCCAGUUCUAUAUUACCACCAUGCCAGCGCCUUGGCUGGACGGAAAGCACACCAUCUUUGGCAAGGUGCUCGACGGUCAGGGUGUGGUGCAUAAGGUGGAGCAGGUGCGCACGGACACGGACGACUAUCCGGUGAAACCGGUCAUCAUUGAUGACUGUGGUGAUUUGCCCAUCCUGGGAGAGUUCACCGUUUCAGACGAUCCUUACGACUUGUGGGCCUGGAUCAAAGCCGCGUAUCUGCCGCUCGGGAUGUCCUUCUCCAUUCUGGCGUUCUUCCAAUACAUCAUCCGCAAAUUGGACGGUUACACGAGCCGUGAAGCGUUGCGCAACGCAGAAAUUGCUAAAAAUGAUUAAUGUUAUGUUUUUAAAUAAAAAUAAAUGGAAUUUACAUAUGUAACGGGCGGCCUCUAGGUUGAGAGUUCCAGCUGCUAGAGCGGUAGGAAGUAUUAUAAGAAACGAGUUUCGGAAUUCCCAUCGAGUUGUCUUUUGAAAUAUGUGAAAUACUUCUUUUCCAUACGAUAAA